GCGAAUAAUUAAUUAUUACAUUAAACAAUUUUGUUUAUUUCAAGUUUUAGAUCUAUAUCGGCUAAUUCUUUACUUUCAGAACUGCAAGCAAAGUGUUUCAAAAUUUUCAAAAUGGCAGCCCCCAUGAGAAUCUGCCGUCGAUAUCUCAUUCAGUGUUUACACUGUCGCAAGAAUUUAAACUUUAUAUCCUCUAGCAGAUACUUUUCAACUGACCAGGAACAAGACUCAGCCUCAACUGGGACAUCAUUUUCUUACAGAACUCAUCUGUGUGGAGAGCUGACCAGAAGUCAUGUUGGGCAGACGGUCAGGUUAUCUGGCUGGCUGCAGUAUCAUCGCCUCAGUGGAGCUUUCAUUGUUUUACGAGACUGGCAAGGACUCAUCCAACUUUUAAUCCCACAGCACAAGGUUGAAGAGACACAGAACUUUCCUUUAGAGUCAGUUCUGGAAGUCACUGGAGAUGUUCAGCUGCGGCCACCAGGUCAAGAAAAUGAAUCCAUGUCUACUGGUGAUGUUGAGGUUGCUGUGAAAGACAUUAAAGUGUUGAAUCCCUGCAAGACGAAUCUGCCAUUUGAAGUCAGGACUUUCAACAAGGUGAAGGAGAACCUGCGGAUCAAACAUCGCUACUUAGAGCUGCGGUUGCCCCACUUGCAGCAUGCACUCAGACUGAGGUCACAGUUUGUCAUGGCACUGAGAAACUUCCUUGCCCACGAAAAUGAAUUUGUGGAAGUUGAGACGCCUACACUUUUCCGCCGCACACCAGGUGGCGCUCGAGAAUUUAUCGUGCCAACUCACUCCCCCGGGAAAUUUUAUAGCCUUCCUCAGUCACCCCAACAGUUCAAGCAACUGCUCAUGGUGGGGGGCGUCGAUCGCUACUUUCAGAUCGCCCGGUGCUAUCGAGACGAGGGCUCAAAACCUGACAGGCAGCCAGAAUUCACACAGGUGGACCUGGAGAUGUCGUUUGUCUCCCAAGAAGACGUGGUCUUGCUGGUGGAGAGGCUGCUGGAGCGGAGCUGGCCGGGGGAGAAGGGAGAGGUCAAAGGUCCUUUCCCUCACAUGACCUACCACCAGGCCAUGACCAAGUACGGCUGUGAUAAGCCUGAUCUCAGGCUCCCCUGGCAGGUGGUAGAGGUGACUGAUCUUGUUCGUGACAGUUGUCCCCCUGUCUUUCAACCUUAUCUAGAGACACCUGGUGCCUCCAUACAGGCUCUGAGAGUCAAAGACGGAGUGAAACACUUGUCGAACAAACAGCUGGAUGCCUUGAAGCAGUCUGUCUUUGAGAAGGUCGGAGACUCUGUGAAAUUGGUGCCCGUCAAGGUCCGGUCUGACGAGACGUGGGGCUCUGGCGUGGGUCAACAGCUCGGGGACAGUGUCCGGUCCGCUAUACAGGACAGGCUGGAUGUGGCUGCCGGGGAUCUACUGGUCUUUGCUGCAGGACAGGGGUUUCUGCCGCACACCGGGCUGGGCUUAGUGCGUCUCCAGAGUGCUGACAUGCUGGAAGCCAAAGGUUUUACCGUUCGUGAGGAUGGCUUUCACUUCCUGUGGGUGGACACCUUCCCUUUGUUCCUGCCAAAAGAGGAUGGAAGCCCCGGCUUGGAGUCAGCUCACCACCCUUUCACCGCCCCGCACCCAGAGGACGUGGGCCUUGUCUACACAGCGCCAGAGCAGGUGAGGAGCCAGCAUUACGAUCUGGUGCUCAACGGCAGUGAAAUAGGUGGCGGGUCUAUACGAGUUCAUGACUCACACCUGCAGAGGUACAUCCUACAGACCGUGCUCCAGGAGAACUGCUCAGAGCUGGAACAUUUGCUGGAGGCUCUGGACUCCGGGUGUCCUCCGCAUGGAGGAAUAGCUCUUG